AUGAACGCCUCGCUUAACUUCUCCAGCGUGGAUUUGGACGCCGAAAGGAUGGUGCAGUUCCACCACCGCUCCGUCAAGGUGAGCGUGAUCAUCGCUCUGGGGGUGAUGAUCACUUUGGGGAACAUCGCGGUUCUCCUGGUGAUCACGUCCACCGUGUCGGGCUGGUCGAGGAGCUCCCGCUAUUUCCUGCUCUCCCUGACGGUCGCGGACUCCGCCUUUGGACUGCUGGUCAUGCCCUUGAACCUGUGGGUGAGUCUCCUGAAGGACUACACGGACGGGCCCGACCAGCUGUGUCACUUGGUGGCCUUUUGCAACGCUACCGUGUACUCGACGUGCAUGUACACGCUGGCCAGCAUCAGCCUGGAGAGAUACAUCGCGGUGCUCUAUCCCCUCAAGUACUCGUCCAUGAUGACCAGGAGGCGGACUUUGCUCCUGAUCGCCUUCUCCUGGUGCUUCCCACCGUGCCUCCUGGCGCCCAUAUGCUUCCCGAAUGGCAUCAUCCAGGUCCACUUCUCCAACGCGUCGCUGGUCUGCAACCCAUCCUAUUCCACCAACGUGGGCUACUCGCUGAGCUUGGCCUGUCUCAUCUUUUUCCCGUGCUCAGCGGUCAUGACCUACGCCAACAUUCGAGUUUGGUGCGCUGCCCGGAGACAGAGCCGCAAACUGCGCCAGUUCAAGCGCGUGCAGCGGAGGAGACACAACGUGGCCUCCAGGGUGCUGGUGCCAGUCAUGGCUGCUUACUUUACUUGCUGGACGCCGUGCAUUGCGGCUAUGAUCUACAACGCACUGUCAGGGAGCUCAGUACCAGAGUGGCUAGAAUUUGUGGUGGUCUGGCUGCCAACGUCCAAUGGUUUCCUCAACUGCAUCUUCUACUUUUGGAUCAACAAAAGCUUCCGACAAAAAUUCCACCUCAUCAUGCACAGACUGGCUCACGCCCUCUGUCCGUCACUGGUCAAUACUCUGGGAUGGUGCGGAGCACCCGAGAUUGCAAUUGCCUCAAGCUCUCUGGAUAACAAAGCCCAUGAGCGCUCAUCAAGUGUUUCCUCCACCUGCACGCUGAUGACCUUAGCCUAG